AUAUAGCUCAUAAUUUAAAGAUUGUUGAUCUUGCAUACAACAUGCUUUCUUCGGUCAGUUCGAUUGUGCUAACUGGAAUUCAUCCUAUAUAUAUUGAGCUUGAGCCCAACAAUUGGCUUUGUAAUUGCGAACUUUUAUCCUUGAUAAAUUACGUCGCUAAAAACUCUAGGAUCUUUAUAAACGUACCUUAUUGUCGCAUGCCCUACCAUUUUUUUGGUAUACUCUUUAACGACCUGAACAGCAGUGAAAUAAAUUGUUCUUUGCCUAAUGAACCUAUGAUUACAACACAGAAAAUAUAUGUUUCAACCACGACUGAGAAACUGACUCAUACUACUGCAGGCAGCCAAGAAGAUCUUUUGCCGCGAACUACAAUUGGGAGUGGUAAAUACACUAGCUCUUACACAAAUGAAUAUUCUUACGGUCCUAUAAUACAGUUAAGUUGCUCUGAGGCGAUUGAUUUAAAUGAAAGUGUAAGUCACGAAGCACAGAGAGACUUAAACACAGAUGAAGUCGAGCAAAAUCAGUCAAACUAUGCCAAUAACUUUUUUGUUUUCCAACCCCCCGCAUAUGACCUUUAUUUGGAGUUAUCUGAUGACCUUAGUGUACAAGUACGGAUUGAUAAUUAUAAUGAUGUAGACCAGCUAAACAUUAUUUGGUUCACAGAAAUGUUUGAUGGUAAUAAAGAUGUUCGUGAUGUAGACUCCUCAUACAGCUGUGUGCAAUAUUCUGCGCCGUUUUUAACGAUUCCCCUUUAUGGAAAUCAUACCUAUGCUUUUUGUAUGAUGCCAACUGAAAACGUAGCUAUUUCCCCGCUCUUAACUCAUAAUGCGACGAAUUUUGAUCAGAACAGUAAUAAGCAGUUUUCGGUCGCAAUGCUGGGGUUAAUUUUUUUUCUUUCUACCAUUUUUGGUGCAAUAAUUGCAUAUCUUAGUAUCAAAGUAUACCCAGAUCUUUUAGAAGGCUCAAAUAAAGUAUUAAUAAUCAAGAAGUUGGAUAAAACGUGCUAUAUAUCAACCAUAGCAGAAUCGGAAUACACACUAGAUGCAUCAAACCGAAAACACGUUGGUGCACAACUUGGCAGUGAACCUCUGCAUCUUUACUCAGAAGAAACUGAUGUUGACACUGGACGUGUUCUCGACAUCGUUUAUAAAGCGGACGAGUAUGAAAUGCCUAAAGAUCUUGUUUAUUCAUUAAAAGAGUAUAGUGAUCUCAGUUUGGGAAGUAAAUUUGCCAUUCCACCACCAUUACCAAAGCGUAAUUCUAACAAUUUAUUAUUAAAUUAAAUCAAGGAAUUAUAUAAGUUAA